UGACUCGUCCUCAGAUGAUACAAAUAGUGACUCGUCCUCAGAUGAUACAAAUGUCGAUAUGACUCCUCAAGUAACACCUAGUGAAGUGCUUACAAUUUUUAGAACUGAUAAUUUGAGCGAAGCUAUAAGAAAUAUCAAUAGGGGUUCAAAUAUACUUGUAAAUAUCUUGUCCGCAGUUAUGAGAAAUCCCAAUACGACUUCAGUUGUUCCUGCUAAUGACUUGAGCGAAGCUACAACAAAUAGCAAUACAACUACGGAAAAUAUUGAUAGAUUAUCUCAAGUUUUGGCUAAUGACUUGAGCGAAGCUACAACAAAUAGCAAUACAACUACGGAAAAUAUUGUAAAUAUAAUGUCCGAAGCUAUGAGAAAUACCAAUACGACUUCAGAUUUUACUGUUAAUGACUUUCGCGAAGCUAUAAGAGAUAUUAAUAUGACUAGAGAUAAUAUUGUAAAUAUGUUGUCCGAAACUAUGAGAAAUACCAAUACGACUUCAGAUUUUACUGAUAGUGACUCGUCCUCAAAUGAUACAAAUGACAAUAUGACUUUUCAAGAUACACCUAAUGAUUGGCUUACAAUUUUGAGAACUGAUAAUUUGAAUGAAGCUAUAAGGAAUGUCCAUAUGAUUUCAGAUAUUCUUGUAAAUAUCUUGUCCGAAGUUAUGAGAAAUAUCAAUACGACUUCAGGUUUAACUGCUAAUCACAUGAGCGAAGCUAUAAGAAAUAUCAAUACGACUACGGAUAACAAUGAUAGUGGAUCUCAAGUUUUGGUUAAUAUGUUGUCCGAAGCUAUGAGAAAUACCAAUACGACUUCAGUUUAUACUGCUAAUGACUUGCAUGAAGCUAUAAGAAAUAUCAAUGCGGCUAGAGAUAAUAUUGUUAAUAUGUUGACUGAAGAUAUGACAAAUACGACUUUAGAAUUUGUUGAUAGUAACUGGACCUCAAAUGAUAGAAAUGUCAAUAUGACUUCUCAAGAAACACCUGAUAAUUUGAGUGAAGCUAUAAGGAAUAGCAAUACGACUACGGAUAAUAAUGAAAACAAUUCUCCAGACUUAAUAAAUGACUUAACCCAAGCUAUAAGAAAUAUUAAUGCGACUAGAGAUAAUAUUGAUGACAAUUAUGUAGUUACGAUUGACAAUACGGCUUCUCAAGAAACUAGUGAAGAAUAGGAAAUACUAACCAAAUAACAAAUUCAUAAUGAUAAUGUUUUAUAUUUAUUCUAUAAAAAUCAUUAUUUUGUAAAACUGAUUUGUAAAAUAGGAUUAUGUUGAACCAUUUUAAAAUUUUUCUAAUAUAAUAUUUUAUUAAAAAUAUAGUAUAAUUAUUAAUUAAAUUAAAAUGUAAAAUUUAUCUUAAAAAAAUGUUUAACAAAAAUUUCAUUAAAAUAUUACAAUAAAAAGAUUUAAAAAA